CAGAGAGCCGCAAUCCUUUCGUCACUUUCAUAACGAACCGCUCACGGCGCGAUGUUUUCGGGCAUGUCCGCUUGAAAAGCACAUAUGCGAAAAAAGCCGAGCUCGAGGAGCUGUCCGGAACAUCCGGUUGUAGCUCCUCAACAUAAACAGCAAUGGCGGAGGCAGCAGCAGCGUUUACGGAGUCUUCAACAGUAACAGGAGGUUGGACCAAACACGUAUCGUGCAGAUAUUUCUUGCACGGUCUUUGCAAAGAAGGGGACAACUGUCGAUAUUCCCAUGAUCUGACCAACAGCAAGCCUGUCGCUAUGAUUUGCAAGUUUUUUCAGAAGGGAAACUGUAUGUUUGGGGAUCGUUGCAGGUUUGAGCACUGUAAACCACCACAGAACGAGGAGCUGCCAAAUUCUCAGACAGUGCCGCUACCCUCUAUGUCACAGGUCAGCCUCUCAGACCCAGAACAAUGCAGGACACCACCUGGUCCUGGGGCAAAAGACUGGGCUAAUGCUGCAGAGUUUGUUCCAGGGCAGCCAUACUGUGGACGGGCUGAACCAGUGAAGGUGGAGAGUUCCAUCCCACUAACUGAGGAUUUGGAUAGUGAUGCAACCCUGGACAAAGAGUUACGAAAGCAAAUCUGUCCUUAUGCUGCAGUUGGAGAGUGUCGUUAUGGAAUCAACUGUGCCUAUCUCCAUGGUGACGUGUGUGACAUGUGCGGCCUCCAAGUGCUCCACCCAACUGAUAGCAAUCAGCGCUCUGAGCACACUAAGGCAUGCAUUGAGGCCCAUGAGAAAGACAUGGAGAUUUCAUUUGCCAUUCAACGCAGUAAGGAUAUGAUGUGUGGUGUGUGCAUGGAGGUGGUGUUUGAGAAGGCCAAUCCAAGUGAACGCCGUUUUGGCAUCCUCUCCAACUGCAGCCACUGUUACUGUCUAAAAUGUAUCCGCAAGUGGAGGAGUGCCAAGCAGUUUGAAAGCAAAAUCAUCAAGUCAUGCCCAGAGUGUCGAAUCACAUCUAACUUUGUCAUCCCGAGUGAAUACUGGGUGGAAGAUAAGGACGACAAGCAAAAACUCAUCCAGAAGUACAAGGAUGGCAUGGGAAGUAAACCAUGUCGAUAUUUUGAUGAGGGCCGUGGAACAUGCCCCUUCGGCUCAAAUUGCUUUUACAAGCACGCAUUUCCUGACGGACGUCUGGAGACAGCUCAGCCCCCACGGAGACAGACUGGAUCCAACAGCAGAAGUCGGAACUCAAGGCGAACGCCACUGUGGGAUAUCUUUGAUGAGAGGGAAAGCACGGAUUCCUUUGACAAUGAGGACGAUGAUAUGGUGACGUUUGAGCUGAGUGAGAUGCUCCUCAUGCUGCUCGCUGCGGGAACAGACGAUGAGGUGACAGAUUCAGAGGAUGAAUGGGACUUGUUUCACGAGGAGCUAGACGACUUUUACGAGAUUUACCUAUAGCGACCCCCCACCUACUGACCUCCCCAAACCAGAUGUAUACUAAACACUAGAAUGGACUGUCUUGUGCGAGUGAUGGACAGUAGCUUUUUCUCCCCCAUCUCGUGUAUUGUGGCAGUGCCUUUAAGCAGGCCAUUAAUAAAUGAACUUACAAGAGAUACAAAAAAAAUGUAACAAGUCUUUGCGCUUGUGAUAACAAUUUCUAGACACCUAUAAUUGUGAGUCUGUUUUGUGCAGUUCAUGUUAAAAGGAGAACUUAGAAGAACUCCAUACAAGAUUUAAUAAAUUAUAACUUUCUUCAAAUGUUGCUAAAAAAAUGUCAAGUUUAUUCGUGGGUGUAGGUUUGACUUGUCUACCCAGGUGUUUGUACAUACUUCUGAGACUGUGGAUGCACCCUACUCAGCACAAUUUACUGUAUUUGUGAUGGGCAUGUUUAAUUUUACAUACUCUUUCUGAAGGCCGGAACUUCUUUUUUGUGUUCCUUUAAAGCUGCUAAUAGCCAUAUGUGUGCUGAUGUAAUAAAUGUACCAUAAUCAUUA